UAUAUACGUUUCAAUAGUAUAUUAUAAUUAUUUAUUAAAAGUUCCCGUUAUACAAUUAAAAUAUCAUUUAAUUGUUUUUCUGAAAAUGAGUAAUUAUCUUUAUAUAAUGUUCAUAUCACAGCACUAUUUCUGGGUUCAAAAAGAAAGCUCACUUAGCUAUUUUCUCUACCACAGAAGAAUCUAGACCCAGAGAGAGAGAGAGAGAGAGAGAGAGAGAGAGAAAUAGUGAGAGAUCAAUUACGAGAGAGUCAAAGAGAGGAGAUUUCAGUGAAGAUGAAGGAGAUGCAGGCAAUAGAGACGUCGCAGCCGACGACGGUGGCUCCGGCGGUGCAUAGCCGACAAUUGGGAGCUCAGUUGUCGGGAAGUAUGAGUUUCAGCAGCCAAAUGUCGAAGGAAGACGAGGAGAUGUCUAGGACUGCGUUAUCUGCGUUUAGAGCGAAAGAAGAAGAGAUCGAGAAGAAGAAGAUGGAGAUUAGGGAAAGGGUUCAAGCUCAGCUUGGUCGUGUUGAAGAAGAGACUAAGCGUCUUGCUUUGAUCCGUGAGGAACUUGAAGGUUUAGCUGAUCCCAUGAGGAAAGAAGUUGCUUUGGUUAGGAAGAAGAUUGAUUCUGUCAACAAAGAAUUAAAGCCAUUGGGGCAUACAGUUCAGAAAAAGGAACGAGAGUACAAAGAAGCUCUUGAAGCAUUCAACGAAAAGAACAGGGAGAAGGUGCAGCUAAUCACCAGGCUAAUGGAGUUGGUGGGAGAAAGCGAAAAGAUGAGAAUGAAGAAGCUGGAAGAGCUAAGCAAGAACAUAGAUUCUAUACACUGACUUUGAAUCCAAGACAGUACAAGAACUUCUUGGGCCAGAGAUCAUUCUCUGAGUGUUUUAACUCUACGUUUAGGUUUGGUGGUGGUGAAUGUAAUUUAUAUUUUAUAAUCGUCGUGUGUUAUAUUACUACUACUACUAUUAUCAUUUGUUAGGGUUUCUUGGAGAAUUAUAAGGGUAAUGUGGUUUUCUUAGGAAGUAACUUCAAAAAAUACUCAUCGAGACAGGUUUGUAACUAAACACCUCUUUUUCUCUUUUCUCUGAACCAUUUUUCUCUCUUUA